AUGACAAGCAAGAUUAAUCAUUUGAUCAAAGAGAGACAGCAACAUCCAACCCAAACCAGAAAUAUUGAUCACUAUACAAGUAUUAUUCAAAUUAACAGAGAUAAAGAGAUGAGUAAUAAUAAUAAUAAUAAUAAUAAAAGAGAGGUUGAAGAUCAAGAAUCUUUAGAAAAUCAAUCAUCAAGAAAGAAAGUUAAAGAAGAUGAAUCAAGUACUUCAACAACUUCAACAACUACAACAAAUAAAAAGAAUGUAAAGAAACAAAGUAGUAAAGUUGUGUUAACAUCUUCAUUUAUGUUAGGAGAACUACCAUUUGAACAAUUAUAUCUUGAUAACUUACCAAAUAGUCAAAUGUAUGAAAAGUCAUACAUGCAUAAAGAUGCUUGUUCACAUGUAUUGGUAUCAAAGACUGAUUAUAUCAUCACAGCCGAUAUUCUUGGUUAUAUCAAGUUUUGGAAGAAACAACCUCAAGGUAUAGAGUUUGUAAAGACUUUUAGAUCACACCAAGGUUUGAUUUCAUCCAUCUCUGUCAGUCAUGAUGGUCUAUGGUUAUGUAGUAUUGGUUUAGACAAGAAUGUUAGAAUAUUUGAUGUUAUUAAUUUUGAUGUAACAUUUUCAUUCAAGACUACCUAUUUACCAUUAGCAUGUCAAUGGAUUUAUUCAAAUGAUUCAAGUAAACAAUAUCUUGCAAUUAGUAGUAGAGAAUCAUCUGAUAUUUAUAUUUAUAAUCCAAUGAGUGAACAAGAAGAAGAAGAACAACAACAAGAGUCAUCUUCAACUUCAUCAUCAAAAACCUUACUUGGAGGAUCAACACCAAUUCAAACAUUAUCAUUUCACAAGAAACCAGUACAUUUAAUUAAAUUUAAUACUACCUAUCAAGCAGUGAUAUCAAUUGAUAUUGGAGGAGGUAUAGAGUAUUGGUCAUGUGUACCUCCAUUUGAUGGUCAAAUUCAAGGCGUUGAGUUUGAAUACAAGAUGGAUACCGAUUUGUAUGACCUUCAGAAAUCAAAGGCCACUCCACAGAGUCUAAACAUCUCGGCCAACGGUAAAUACCUAUCGAUUAUGGCAAACGACAAAAAGAUUAGAAUAUUUAAUUUCACAACUGGAAAGUUGCAUCGUGUCUAUGAUGAAUCAUUUGAUCAUAUCAACGAGUUGCAAAGAAGCGAAGAUCCCACCUACUAUAUCGAACCAACUGAUUUUGGUCGUAGAAUGGCUGUCGAAAGAGAUAUCGACUCUUCAUUUGAAAACUUUAUCAACAAUCUAACAAAACUAAAUCCACCACCUCAAAAUAAUAUCUUAUUUGAUGAAAGUAAUAAUUUCUUAAUUUAUUCAAAUAUUGUUGGUAUUAAAAUAAUAAAUAUGGUAACAAAUAAAGUUGUUAGAGUAUUGGGUAAAAUUGAAAAUUCAACAAGAUUUUUGGGAUUGGCAUUGUACCAAGGUAAAAACUCUGGAGAUGCAACACUUGGAACUAAAAAGAGAGAUGCAGAGAAUGAUCCAACCAUCUUUUGUUUGGCAUACAAAAAGCAACGUUUCUAUAUGCUUAGUAGACGUGAACCUGAAGAUACAGACAAUCCAGAACUUGGUAGAGAUGUAUUCAAUGAAAAGGUGACAAAGGAUGAAAUGCUCCUUUCAAACCUUCACGCUCAACGCCAACUCCCAAGAAAUGCAGUCAUUCACACUACACUUGGAGACAUUCAUUGUCAACUCUUCCCAGACGAGUGUCCCAAGACUGUUGAAAACUUUACCACCCAUUCCAAGAAUGGAUACUAUGAUGGUAUUAUUUUCCAUCGUGUCAUUAAAAACUUUAUGGUACAAACGGGUGACCCCCUUGGAGACGGAACUGGAGGUACCUCUAUUUGGAACAAGGACUUUGAAGACGAGUUUAAUAGAAACCUCAGACACGAUCGUCCAUUUACUCUCUCGAUGGCCAAUGCUGGGCCUGGCACCAAUGGCUCUCAAUUCUUUAUUACCACCGUCCCCGUCACUCGUCUCGAUAACAAACACACAGUAUUUGGUCGUGUCUACAAAGGUAUGGAAGUUGUUUUAGAUAUUGAAAAGGUCAAGACCGAUAAAAAUUGUUGGUUUGGAUUACAUUCCUUAAAAAGUAUUUUGAUUUCAAGUCCAUUGCGCGAAAGACAAGUUUGUCGAAUUAUCUCUCUCUCAAGUCAAUUACAAACGGCAAAAGGAACUGUCCUUUGUUUCAACGAGUAUGAAACAAGUGAACGUUGGUUAACCUCUCUAGAGCUAACAAAUAUAAGAGAUAAAGAGUAUCCUGACACUAACACUCGAACAAUUCUUCAUACUUUAUUAGUCAAUAAUAAUAAUAAUAAUUAUUAUUAUUAUUCCGAUUAG